AUGUCAUACGGCCCGCCGCAGGGUCAACCUCCCUACGGGGGACAUCCUCCUCAGGGACAGGGCUACGGUUAUCCUCCUCCCCAAGGAGGACCGUAUGGGGGAUAUCCUCCUCCGCAGCAGGGAGGAUUCCCCCCUCAACAGGGAGGCUAUGGCGCUCCUCCUCCUCCUCAACAGUUCGGAGGCCCGCAGCAAGGUGGAUGGGGUCCUCCUCCUCCCCCUCCCGGCGGUGGCCAUUUUCAAGGACAACAAUACGGCGGACCUCCACCACCACAGAGCGGCUUUCCUCCCCAGCAAUACCAGCAAUACGGCCCUCCCCCGCCGCAACCCUCACCGGGCUACGUCCUCGGCGCCCAGGCGCAAGGUGACGCGUCGCGCGACGCCGAGGCCCUGCGUGCAGCCAUGAAGGGUUUCGGCACCGACGAGAGAGCCUUGAUCCAGAUCCUCUCGAAACCGGACCCCUUGCAGAUGGCCCUGCUGAGAAAUACCUACAACCAGCGCUUCCGCCGCGAUCUGGAGAAAGAUAUCAGUUCGGAGACAUCCAAGUAUUUCCGCGACGGGCUGGUCGCGCUGGUCCAGGGCCCCCUAAUGCACGACGUACACAGUGUCCACGGCGCGAUCAAGGGGCUGGGCACGAAGGAGUCGGUCUUGAAUGAUGUUCUCCUGGGCCGGUCGAAUGCCGACAUGCGCGCGAUCAAGCAGGCGUAUCAGCAGACGUACCGUCAUACCCUGGAAGCAGAUGUCAGGGGCGACCUAUCCAUGAAGACGGAGAAGCUGUUCGACUUGGUCAUGUCGGCUACGCGAAACGAGGAAUCCACGCCCAUAAUACCCACGGAGCUCGAGCGUGAUUGCACUGAGUUACAUCGCGCCAUGGACGCGCGCGUGGGCACCGAUCAGCUCACCGUGUGCACCAUUCUCAGUAGGCGGUCGGAUGGCCAGAUCCGCGCCAUCGCGCACCAUUGGCACCAGAUGUACCACUCGUCUCUCGAAAAGGUGAUUGAAUCUGAAUUCUCGGGACACAUGAAAGAUGCCCUGCUCCUGAUGGUGCGGCGGGCCAGUGAUCGCGCCAUGUCCGACGCCACGCAGCUGGAAGAUGCCAUGGCCGGACCGGGCACGAAGGAUGUUCUCCUCGUCCAACGCGUGGUCAGGGUGCAUUGGGACCGAAUGCAUCUGGACCAGGUCAAGCGUGCCUACGCACAUCGGUACAAGAGGGAUCUGAUCCAGCGUGUCAAGGGUGAAAUUCAUUUCGACAAGCAUUACGAGGGCCUGAUGGUUGCUCUCCUGUCUUGA